AUGGUUACUUCGACUCCCUAUUAUGCACAAGCUAAUGGGCAAGUAGAAGCAGCGCAUAAGAUAUUGAUAGGCUUGAUUAAAAAACAUAUCGGGAAUAGGCCUCGAACAUGGCAUGAGAUUUUAAGUCAAGUAUUAUGGGCUUAUCGAAACUCACCAAGAGGUUCGACAGGGACUUCAGCUUAUAAAUUAGUAUAUGGCCAUGAUGCAGUAUUGCAAUUAGAGAUUAAUUUAAAUACUUUAAGAGUAUCGAAACAGAAUGAUUUUCCUGUUGAUGAUUAUUGGAAUGCAAUGUUUGAUGAGUUGAAUGAAUUGGAUUCAGAGCGAAUUUUGGCACUUGAAAAUGUAAUUUGA